GAAUCAACUAAACGGAUACAGUUAACUAAUGUAGUCCUACAUGACAAAUUCUUUCAUAUUCUGUUAUCCCCUUAGUUGAAAUGCCAUAACAUGUAGUCUAGUAUUAGACAGCAGUGAGCUAAAAUCUCACUUUCAGCCAUUUUCAUACUUACCAAUCCGAGAAAAAAAAGAAAAUCUUUGGUAGUACUGAAAUCUUUUAGGGUUUAUUCAAUAUUGAAGUUUGUUAUAAUGCAUGACACUAUGCCUAUAAAAUAAACAACAACUUUUUAAAUGAGGAAUAAUGUCAAAAGCUGACAAUCGAUUAAUGACAUUUUUGAGACCUUUUGAUAGGAAUUUAGACGCAGCAAAGUUUUCGGAAAAUAUAAGUAGCCAGAAUGUGUUAGAUUUUGGCAAUGUAAAUGCUAUGGUAGUGAGAACAUCAAAUGACAAUAAAUACUGGAUUAUUGGCCUUUCGAAUGGCACAGUUGUUCUAUUAUCCACUGAAGAUAGUGAGAAGCAGACAAAUAAUUUCUAUACUUUGAACGCAGAUGGCGAAGCUCUCCCUUGUUCAGAUUUACAGCCUGUCCCAGAACUCAAUGGUCAAAUUCAGGAUAACUGUCACCUAAUUUUAGCCGUGUAUGUUUCUGGUCAUGCACGCUUAUGGCAUUACACAGGAGCAAUGAAUUCAUCACGUCUCUUGGCAACAAUCACGGAAGAAAGGAUCAGUAACCCAUCUGAUGCUCCUGUAAGAACAAAUGCAGAAAACGUGAUGAAUCAGAUAUUAUCGUGUUCAUGUUCAUAUGAUGGUAAACGAUUUGUAACUGGUGGGGUUGAUUGUCAUUUAAGAGUUUAUGACAUGAAAUCUCGUAGACGCUUGCGAAUGUGUAGUUCAAGUUUUACUAAGGAAAAAAUGGAUGGACAUGUAAUGCGUAUAUGUGCUGUGAAAUAUCAUCCACGUGGUGCAGUUUAUGAAGAUUAUGUGCAUAUAUUUAUUACCGGUGGUUGGGAUGAUACAAUACAAAUAUGGGAUGAUCGGUAUUUACAUUCUUUAUGGAUUUAUUAUGGUCCUCAUAUUUGUGGAUCAGAUGCACUGGAAAUCGAAUCAGAAUCAAAUCAUAUAUUAUCAAGUUCAUGGCGCCGUGAUAAAUCAAUUUUGCAAGUUUGGAAAUUUAAUGAAGAGCUUAUGAUUGAAUUUUAUAAUUCAGCUGAACAUCAAGGUGAUGAAUUGUUUAUACCAACUGGAAGGGAAAUCAUAAAUAAACAAACUGGAGCUUUAUACUACUGUAAACCAGUAGCUGAAAUACCUCAAGAUGCCUAUGAUGGACCGAGUAAAGGUUAUGUAGCAAAAUGGCUUGGACCGUAUUACAUAGCAUUCGGUGGGUCAGAUGCAAAUAUUCUAAAACUUAUCAGUCGUUUCACAUUGAAUGUUGUUGGAUCUGUAACGGAAUUGACAAGUGGUAUUUAUUCAUUGGCCUUUAUUGAGCCAAAGACAAGUGACAACAGUAACAAACGUAUGGUGCAAUUCGCAUUUGCCUCUGGUACUCGUGUUUACAUUGCACAAUAUGAACAAAAAUAAAUUUGCGGAGAUUUAUUUUUUUUUAACCGACAACUAUUUACUGAAUUUUAUACUCAAAAAAGUUAUUUUUAUUCAUCUUUUUAAAAUAACUUUUGCAUUAGCAUAUGUUUUGCCGAUUGAAAUAAUAAUAUCGUUUUUCUUCCGAUUAACAGGAUGUACGUAAAUAAAAGACUCAAAUAUUUCCUUUCACUCAAUUUAUUGGACUUUUUGUCUAUUUACCAAGCCAUAUUACUCACUUUUAAGCAAAGUUUUGAGAGCGUCUAGCAAAGAAUUCUAGGACGCACAAUUCGUCCUAUUUAUUAUUCGUUUGCCGGAUAUGCCCGCAGUGUUUAUAUCCUCAUCAGAAUUUGAACUAAUUACCUCUCACAACCAAAUCCUUAGUAAUAAAAUUCAAGCUGGUCCCUUGUGCACUUCCAGUAGCUGACUAAACUCAUUACCCCAGUGGAUUUUAAUGGCCCUGAAUCUGACCCUAAUUAGAUUGUAUGUUUAAUUGUUAUUGAGAUAUACAUAUCGCCUAUCCUCGUAUGUAAUUAUCGACUUAAUCUGUGUUAGUGAAUAACGGAAUUAAAUAAGCCAAAUACGAGAAUAGAUUUCGAAUGCGCAUAUUUUGUACAAUCGUUGAUCGGAAAAGAUGAUCAGAAAAACGUAACGAAGGGAGCGAAGAAGAGAGAGCGAAACAAGACGGCGCGCAGUGAAGACGUGUCAGCCAAUUCAAUUUAAUUAAGCGUGAAUCAAUAUUCAUAGUCACACAAAAAUAAGUUACAGACAUGUGAUGAAUAGGAUAAGAAGUGCACACACAUACGCUCGUAUAAAAACAGUCAUGAUUGAUAAGUAAAUAAUUAACAAGGUCAAAACGUGACUCAAGAAGAAUGAUGAAUAAACUUGCCUGUCCAAAAGCUAGAAUAAGUUAUAUGGGUUUAACAUAGUAACCGACACUACAGGAUGAUACGUUGGCAUGUGAUGCAGAAAGCAGCAGGUCCUGGUGGGAAUGUCAACACUGAAGUGCAUGUAUAUCUAGCUGACGAGUACCAAUUGGGACAACGGGCGUGUCAUCUAUUAGCUGCUACGAAAGCUUAGCUUAAAGAUGCGUGUGACAAAGACACUCUCUAGGCAGUCCACAUGAGAUAUACAUACACCAAAGGAGACUGAUCGAUUGCAGCCCAAAACACCAACAAUGGAAAGGUUCAAGCCUUUACAAGUGAAACUACUUAACUCACUGAUAUACAGGGAAUUAAUUGUUGUGUAAGUAGAAUUUCUAAUAUUGUAAACUGAAGGAGAUGAGUAGAGUGGCCA